AACCGCUCACACACAACCAUUCCAAUUGCUACCAUGGAUACAAACGCUGUCAGCCAGAUUGUUUCUGCCUUAAGUGUAGUCCACGCACCCAAGUCGACCAACGACGCCAGGCGCGAGGCCCAGGUGUUUCUCGAACGCAUCAAACAGGAGGAGGAGCUGCCCUUCUGGGGCUACCAGCUCGCAUUGCCCGACAACGGCCAUGACUUCAUUGUGCGCUACUUCGGCUUGAGUUUGAUCUAUAACUCUGUUUCCCACAAAUAUGCGCUUUAUGAUUCGCAAAAGGCGAUUGCCGUCAGACACUGGAUUGUGGAGUUGGCCAACAAGCUCGGUGACGCGGACCCACACUAUAUGAAAGAGAAGAUCGCUGACCUUUGGGUGUCUGUAGCCAAACGUUGUUGGGGUAACUUUCUCAUUCUUGCCGCCGCUGCUGGUGAUGACGCGGCCAUAACCAUCUCAGCGCAGAAUGCAGCAGACGGCUGGAGCGAUAUGGACGCGAACCUCUUGGCGUUGUGGAAUAACACCAAGGGCACGCGCGAACUCCUGUUGAUCAUCUUUCGCACGCUCUUUGAGGACAUAUACUUGCUCGACGACCCGAUAGCCGCCAAGCGCAGCAAUGUGUUGCCGGCGUUGUGCUCGGAGGUGGUUACGUCAGAGGAGAUCCUCAACCAGCACUACGAAGUCAAUCAGAACGUGCGGCUCUGUCGUGCCUCGACUGAGGGCUGGUUACACCGCUGGGCAGAGUUUCUUGGAGUAUGCUUGCAGGGUGACGCUGAGGACGCUGAGACAACCGGUUACAUUGCCAAGAUCCUCGAGACGCUCAAAACGUGCUUGCACUGGGUCAUCCCCACGAUGGUGCGCCAGGAAAACCUUUUGGAGAAGUUGAGUACAGGUAUUCUCAUGGCGUCCACCAACAUCAAGGUCAAGACGCUUGCCACGGAUUGCUUGCACUCGUUGUUUACACGCGUCUACAGUAACCCUGCAGACUUCGAAGCCAUUGUGGGCAGCGUCUUUACGACCGAGGGUAUCCGCAGUUUGUCACAGGUGUUCCACGCGGUCGAAGCCCCCGGCGAAACAAUCGACGAGCAGCAAUAUGUGUUCUUGAAGAAGCUCGUGGAGAUGGUUGUAUCACUCAGCGAACACUUGAACAACGCGUCACGUGCCAACCAGUUACCGAAAAACGCUGACUUCGAAAGCUACUUGCGUCUCGUGCUCGCCACCACCAACCACGAGAGCGUCAUCGUGUCCGGACUCUCGUUGCAAUUCUGGACCAGUUUGUUGCGUAUCGACGACAUGAGCCAGAAGCCUGAGGUGCAAACGAUCCUCCCGGAGUUGUUAGAGUGCGCGGGCAACCGGUUCCUCAACUACGAGGACAUCAGUGAUGACCACAUCGCCAAGCGUUACUUGGAGCUCGACUUCGACUCCCAUUCCGACUCGCACAGCUUUCUCUCCAACUACAAGCGCUUCAUCGACGACAUUGUGCGCAUCACCGUGUGCAAACAGCCCGAACACGGCCUCGCAUGGUUGGAGAACCGUCUCAACAUGUUUUUCUCGCUGGAAAUCGGCCAAAAGGCCAUGACCUCCACCAAACUCACUAUCCACGAGGACGCAUACAUCUACGGAUUCGCCCAGUUCUCCAUCAUUGAGGCUCUGCUCAAGGGAAUUUCCCGCUGGCGCAUCUGGUACACCACGGCCGAGGACAAAGAGCAAAAACAGGAGCAGUUGAACAAACAGGUUGAGAGUCUCGGCGAGCGGCUCUUGGCACUCACCAUCAACGAUCCCCUCACGUUGCGAAAGCAAAUUCAGACGCUUGUCCAGUUCGCACCCUUAUUGAAAGAUACUUCAUCCUUGGUGUUCCGCAUCUUGGAGCGAACCCUACAUGUUGCCACGUACGAGUAUCCCGGUAGCAUUUCUGAUGAGGACAAGGAGAUUGUGCGUGACUUGCGGACGAGCUGCGGAACGGAGCUCAACCGUUUGGCGUAUAUCAUGCCCGAGUCGUUGCGUCUGAUCUUGGACGACUUGGAGAACGUAAUUGCCACCAUCCUCACCUCCAACAAAGUCAGCGAGCACGAAUCGGUGUCCUUCAAAUCAUUCUUGUUGAUCGUGGCCCUCCGCUCUAACAUUGAGGAUAAACACCGCCGUUUUGCGCAGAUCGUGGAUCCCGAAAUCGCCGCCUGGGCUGCGCCUGAAACGAUGAAGGGGUUGAGCGACUUGCACUGGUUCAUGGAGCGACUCGGGAUUGUGAAAAUCGCAGAAUACUUCCGCUCCCGCAACAUUACCGCCAACACAAACUUGCUUGAGGCGCAGAUGGACGAGCGGGGCCGUGAGUUGCGAUCAGAGUUGAAGAGCCAUUGGUCGUCCAUUUUCCCCAUCCGCGCUACGCGGAUCUUUGUGCAGUACUCAAUUGAGCGGAUCGAGCGCGGAUCAGACGAGUUUCUGGACUUGCUUUUGCUUUGGAAGCCACGGAUUCAACCGAUCUUGCCCCACAUUCUCCAGCUCAUGUCACAAAUCCAGGCGUACCACAAUCCUGAAAACUGGAAGGAUCUCCCCGAGGAAGUGCAAAGCUUUGUGCGUUACACCACGUUGGAACGCUUCUGGCAGGAGGGGAUCUCUAUCCAGAGUAAAGAGUCAUUCAUGGACGAAAAUGUCCGUGCGAUGCACACGUUACGGGAUUUUGCCGACUCAGUGGGACACAGCAUUCGCUACACGCGAGAAUACGUUUUUUUGACUAUCGCCUCGAUCUCUCAGCUCGACGACACUUUCUACGAGGUGCCGAACAUUGCCAGUUUGUUGUGGAACGCCGUCGCUGGGGACACCAGUGGUGUCACGAUGCACAGCUGGCGCCACAUGAUCAACCUUGUGUUGCGCAACCUUGUCAAGAACUGUCCCGUGAGCCAGGUGGCGUCAUUCAUGGGCGAAUUGUUGCCGCUUGUGUUGCCGCAGCUCGACGCCUUGCUAAUGCAAAGGUGGGAGAAGAUCUACGAGAUCGGGUUGAAGCUCGAUGGUACUGAAGAUGACCAGGCUCUUUCAGAGGAAAUGAUGGAAGAACACAUGCUCCGCCAGUUGACAUAUGUCGUGGACCGUUUUAUUAUCGACUUGGUGGGCCAACUCAGCAGUAGAUGCACGUUGAGUGACCGUCAAAAGGCGAUCCGCAAGCUCAUGUUCAAUGAGGCCACCAUUUUGGCGCCAUUCUUGCAGUUGUGCUGCCACUUGAUUCUUGUCAAGGACAGUAAGUGCUGCUUCAACACCGUGUUGGUGGUACGCUUCAUCAUGGACGAGGUUACCUUGAAAGAUGACGAAGUGGACAAGUAUCUUUGCGACCACCUUAUGAAGGCAUUGUUGAGUGUGUUAACCGACGACUACUUUGCCGACGCUCAUUCAGAGGCCGCCUACGCCUUAAUCACCUUGUACGUAAAGCUCAGAUCCAAGAGCAACUACCCGUUACGCGUGUUGAGCGAGCAGUUGCCAAGUCUCCCGUCGAGCAAGUUUGCGCAGUUCGAGAACACACUCGCGACAUCGAGUUCGUUGAGGCUCCAACGGAGUGCUCUUCUCGAGUUGUUAGCGACCUUGAAGGAAAAGGACGAGGGGUCUGCCAAGCAACAGAGAAAGAAGGAGUUGGAAAACGCGUCCGCAAGGAGACGCAAAAAGAAUGAGGAUGUCAUGGACGAUCCAUACAUGGAAAACGGCGCCUUGGCCGCGUUGUUUGACGAAACCUGAAGAGUAUAUAUAUAAUAAAUUGUAUUAAUAUAGCAG